CUUGACUUUGCUGGCGAGGCACACGCGCUGCCUUCUGGAUACAUACUUUUAGUGAAAAGAUAAUUCCUGUAGCUGUGGUUCAUCCCUUGCAUUAACAGAAAUCUCAUACGCAAUCAAGAAGGCCUCCGCCGACGACGUCAUGAAGCAAAUCUUCUCCCGAAAGAGCCUCCUCCUCGACGUGGUCGUCAUCGCCAGCUUCCUGUACUUCACGGCCUCGGGCCUCUACGGGGGGCCGGCCGCGGGGGAGGUGGCGGUGCAGGGCGCCCGGAACGCUGCCAUUGGGGACGGCGACCUGCCGAGGAGCACGAAGAAAGGGAAGAAUAACGAAAACUUGAAUGCUCGUGGAACUAGGAAGAAGGAAAGGAAGAAGGAGGAACUUGAGAGGCAGAGAAAUAACAGAGCGACGCUGCCUGCUAUUAAGCCCUCUGGCGGCGACGCUCUACGCGGGAUUGAUCUCGCCGAGUACACUCCAGAGGAGCGCGCGGUGCUCGGCGCCCGCAUGAGCGAGAUGGAGGCGCGGGCGUCGACCGUGAGCCGCGUGUGCCAGGCCACGCCGUCGAUCUCCGGGGCGACCGCGAUAGACCUGUUCAUAUGGGAUACAGAUCAUACUCCCAACAUUGUCUGGUGCCCCAUUUACAAGGUGGCCUCCACAACCUGGAUGAACAACUUCUUCUCCGUCGCCAACCUCAGCAAAAGCGACGAGAGCGUCCUCGAGAGAUUCAACCAGAAACUGGAGUGGAAGAAGCGGAAGGGCAAUGACAUAAAGCAGUUCUUCGACCACAAACUGGUAUAUGACCUUUACCCUGGACCGCAGUCGCCUGAAGAGAGAGCGAGGGUCUUGAAGAAUAGCGCGCGAGUGAUCAUUGUCAGGCAUCCCUUCUCCAGGAUUCUUUCGGUCUAUCGGGACAAGAUGACGAACAGGAAUCCCCGCCCGGUGAGGUUCAACUUCAAGAAGCUGCAGGUGUACAUCCGGAAGACAUACCGGAGUCGCCACAGCUCCAACAGGUCGAGGUUUCCAAGUUUCCCCGAAUUCAUUCAGUAUGUGAUCGACUCCACGGGGAACUUUACUAGUUAUGAGGACUGGAAAGAAAACGUAAACUGCUGGUUACCUUACUGGGUUCGCUGUACUGUCUGUUCCGUAGAUUUUAACAUCAUUAUAAAGUUAGAAACUAUGGAGGAGGAUAAGCGGUUUCUGGCAACCCUCUCGCGCCUCAAUGAACUCAAGGACAAGGACACGUGGAUGCACCUGAGAACCGCCCCUUCUUCCGAUUUGGGGGCCAAGUAUUACAAGCAAUUAACUCGACACCAGAUAUUACAACUGUACGAGCGUUAUGAGCCGGACUUUAAGCUUUUCCAGUAUGAUAUUAAAGACUACCUAGAUAAUGCAAUAGAUUCUACAAAGAGAAGUGCAAAUAGUUGAAAGGCUGUUCACGGUGUGACUUCAAUUCAGAAGCUGACUUUCUACUGACUCAAGUCAGGAAUCUUAUCAACUUUGAGGACAAAAGGGUCAUAUCGCUCCGAUAAGGAUGCUUCUACGUCUCCGGAGGAGGCUGCUGCAGGCAUCUCAGAAGGUCGGACAAAACCGGUCAUCUGAAGCAGGUCAUCUGUAUGAUGAGAUAAAAGUUUCUGAAAUCUCUAACUUGGACCUGUAGACCCUUAAGACACUGUAUUUUGCCCAGGAUAGCAUGAACAGCGGACCAUUUUCAAAAUCUAACUCAUCUGCAACACGAGCUAUGGCAAAUCGGAGCCAAAGAAAAUUCAGUGAGGCGAGUGAAAGGCUGACAGUCUGUUAGAGGAUGGAAGCUAUGUAUAAAUUCAGUAAUCUCCAGCUAGUAUCAAAAUGCUGGAAUCCUCUGAUUUCAAGGUUAUGGACCAAAGCUGGUCGUGUUCAACCAGAGCUGCUUCACCAACUCUUGGUUCGUAUCCAGCGCAUGUCGCCGACGUGACCAAAGUCUUUAGAAGACACUCGACAUGACAGUGUUGGUCGAGAGAGCAGCACAACGAUGAUGUGACGUUUCUCUUUGACCGCCAUUAUAAAUGCACAAACAGUUUUAACUGGUUGGCAUAUGGAUUCUUUAUUUAUCUACUUAUAUCUAUAUAUUUUUAAAAUGGGGCAUCACCACCCACUGUACUAUAAUGUAUGUUACUAUAGUACAGAGGCUCUCAACCUUUGCAGUCUGGCGACACACUAGAAAUAUACUCUAGACUUACUCGACACAACGAAUCUUUACGUGUUUUACAUGCAAUACAGUUGUUACUUCCCCAUAACAAUCUACUGUAAAAUACUCUGUAGCUAAACUUAACACGCUUAAGGCUGGGUUAAAAAUGCAGAAAUUUCAAAAUAUAAGCAUUUGUAAAAUAUCACGCGCAGGUUGGGAACCACAGCCAUGGUGGGGUUGACGGCAGACGCAUGAUCCUUAAGAGCAACUCACCUCCUCGAUUGUUGCAAUCAUUCUUUGCUUGACUUCAUUCAUCAUUCACCGGUCUAUUAAUUCUAACGUUACUGAUAACAUCGAUCAGGGUUACUCAUCUCUGCCCGGGAGGCGUCCGUGCCCUCCAUAAGAUUUAUAUAAAGGGAAGAAAACGAAGGAUUGCGAUAAAUUAGAAACCGAGUUGCCAAGUAGGAUUUCAUAUCCUGCCGCGAGUCCUACUGCAGAAAUCGUCAAGGGCAUAGGUCAUGCAGAGAAAUUGGCAUGGCCAUCCUAGACGUCUGCAUUGUGUUCAGGUAAUAGUGCUCGACAUUAUCAUUACUUUUCACUUAUCCCUCUUCAAUCAGUAUCAAGCAUUGUAAAUAUAUACAUUUAUAUAUAUAAGAAGAAAAAGUAACACCGUGCCAGCUGUGCGGGAAGAUUCAGCGCCUUCAUAAAGAGCAGGAAGGUAUAACUGAAUCUUUACGAAAAAAAGAAAAAUAAAUCUGGGAAGAAAUCAUUAGGCAUGGAGAGGUAUGUCUGUAGAUAUUUAUAGGUAACUACCAUAUCUAGCGCAUAUAAAAUGCACCAGAGGUGGAGAGAGGAUAAUAUUUCUUUAUUCAUCGUCAUCAUUAUCAAUUAUCAUCACCAUC